GAACAUACCCCCAUAGAGGGGGGAUAUUUUGUGAAGGUUACGUCAAUCAUCAACCGAGAGAGAACAAACUGGUUGUUUUUCGAGGUUAAGUGAAAAAUUAUCCAAAUCGUUAGCAUUAGAGCUUUUCUAAAAUUGUAAGAACAAUCUGAAUUUUGGUUUUUAAAAUGGUGAAAGAAACAAAUGCUCCAGUUAGAAAGAAAAGGAAAUCAACAGUAGCAGACUCUGACCCAGAACCUGAUAUAUAUCAAAAAAUUUGCGAAUUCGAGGAGAAGGAAGCUAAGAGUCGUGAUGUCGUUGCGGAUUCUAAACUAUUCGCCAAAUGUAUCGAAAGCAUCCAUGAUCAGUUGCAUCAAGUGCAAGAGCUGAAGAACUCACAAAAGGCUCAACCGGCAAAGCAACAUAACCUUUCAGCCAAUCUUGCCGAAAUAGCUGUAAAAAUAUGUCUCAUCAAAAAAUUGAACCGAAUUGACAAAUUAUACCAAGUGGCAGAAAGGCAGCAACUGAUUUUAGAGAAACAGAAAUGUGAUAGCGUCAAACUUACCUAUCAAAACUUGGUGUAUGAGUUGUACCAUUUGACCACAGAAACAAACAAAUGUUUGGCUUUCAAAUCUGAAGAUGAAAACAUUGAACUUGUCUCAUUUGAGGACUUCAUGAAAAAUGCCCCGCCAUCCAUAACUAGUAAAUUUAAAAACUAUGAUCCUCUGAAUCAUGAAGAAGCGCACGCUUUAAAAUUAGCCAGAUUAGAAUGGGAAUUAACUCAGAGAAAAAAUGUAGCCGAAGAGUGCAAGUCUCUGGAGGAGAGAAAGAAAACAGUUGUUGCUGAAAUAACCGAAAGAAAAGAGAAGCUUAACGAUCUUUUGCCUUUGUUGAAUGUGGUGAUCAAAGCUGCCAAACCACUACAAGAACACUUGGGCAUGUCUGGAGACCAUACAAGAAAAGAGCAUUGUUUAGCAAAUCUUUUACCUGAUCCUUUAUAUAUUUUAUACGCAAACAUUGUUGCGUAUAAAAGUGUUUUUGAAACAAAUCUUACUGUUUCAAUUGUUGGAGACAAGGAUGACGCUACUCAGUUUAAUGAAGCUCAAGAAGUGGCAAAUUGCUUGAAUGAAGAUGAUUCAGAACCUGAGUCUGAGCUACCAGAAGUUGAGGAGGUAGUAGAAGUAAAGAAACGACGACACCGAAAGUCUGCCCAACAAGUUGACCCACUAGAAGAAAAAAAGAAGAGAUUACUUGAAGUUCAUCCGCUAAAAAUAGAACUAUCGUUCGCGAUAGACGAAGGACCUAAGCUAAGCUUAAACUUCAGUUACUAUACUAAAUUGAAACUUGUGACUGUUAAUGCAAAUGUCGAUGUACCGUCCAAAAUUACAGCUAACACGGCUGGCGAGAUUUUGGCAGGUCACAAUAUAUUAAGUGAGUUAGUAGAAAAUGAUACAGGCAUGGAAAGCCCAAAUCCGAGUACUGGUUACUUAUUGAAGAAAAUGAAUCUUGGGUUAUUCCAGAUAUUAGUACCAGAUAUUGGAUAUGCUUAUGGAUGGGCACAAUCCGUGUGUGGAAUUAAUUUCUUGUCACCAAAAAAAUAUUGUGACAAACUUAGUCAGCAGAAUGUUGAGAUGAUUCUCAAAGUAAUCAGAAAACGACUAAUUAACCGUACUCAUUUGGCGAAACAAAUGCAACAAUUAGAACAAAACAUUCUUCCACCCGUUCCGGAAGAUGUAGAAACUCCGACAACCCGUAUAUCAACGAUAGGUCAAUGGUCGUCAACCACCUUCCAGAACUUUUGUCAGGCUCGAUUUACUCAACCACUAAUAGAUGAGGAAUUUGUUACCGUAUCCGAUUUAUUUUACAGUGUUAAAAUAAUUCGAGGAGAAGCAAACCUUAAAGCUUUUGUUGUAAUUAAAAAUACAUAUCCGUUACCACCACCUAUAUUUGUUUUGGAUCUGAACUACAAAGGACACCAUAAUUCCUCAAACUGCGAUGAGAUUCGGGAUAUAGAAAGAACCUUGAAUGUAAACUGGGACCAUGGCAUGAAAAGUUCUGCCUGGUUAUUAUCAGCACAAUUGCAGCAUCUUUGUUCAUAUCUAGACGUGUAUCUUGAAACCUUGGAUCCGAAGACAUUCCAACCAAAUGCUAAAUUCAUACAAAACAUAAGCGGCAAGAAUCGACGCAGACCAUUUAAGUUUAGAAAGAUUGGAACUACAGGUUUAUUUAGUCAAUACUAAUCGAUAAAACUUCAUUAAAAUUUGAAUAAUAGUUCACAUGAUGUUUUCUGUGUGUUAAUUUGCAUAUUUUUUUACAUUUUAAUUUGCAUGUUUCAUCAUUAUAGUACCUUACUUUGAAAGCACUGCUACAGGUUUAUAAUAUGUAAUAGUUAUAUUUGAAGUUAAACGACAUUAUUAAAAAAGAUGUUUAUGAGUAUCA